CGAUCUCAUGACUGAAGUCGGUCCGCCCGUCCGUCCGUUCCAUCCAGGAUCUCGGUCAUCUACGGCAUCCUGUACCUCUGCUUCGUAGCCUACCCGAUCGUCUUCACGCAGCACCGGGGCUGGUCCGUGUCCAUGACGGGGCUGGCGUUCGUGGGCAUCGGGAUCGGGACGCUGAUCGCGAUCGGCAUGGAGCCGGUCUGGCGGCGGCUGAUCAACGGGUCGGGCAAGCGGGAGGCGGACACGGGGCGGGCGGCGCCCGAGGCGACGGCGCUGGUCAUGUGCAUCGGCGCGCUGCUGACGCCGCUCGGGCAGCUCGUCUUCAGCUGGACUUGCCUCCCCGCGUCGAUCCACCCGGCCGUGCCCAUCGCGUUCGGCAUCCCCUUCGGCAUGGGCAACACGCUCUCCUUCAUCUACGGCAGCAACUACCUGGCCGCCGCCUACGGCAUCUACGCCGCCUCCGCCAUGGCCGGCAACGCCGUCGCCCGCUCCGUCUUCGGCGCCGCCCUGCCCCUCGCCGGCCCCGCCAUGUACGAGGCCAUGACCCCCCAGUGGGCCGGCACCUUCCUGGGCCUGCUCGAGGUCCUGCUCAUCCCCAUCCCCUUCGCCUUCUACCGCUACGGCCACAAGAUCCGCGACCGGAGCCGCGUGAUACGCCAGAUGCGCGAGGAUAGGGCCAAGGCCGAGCGCCGCGCCGCCAGGUUCGCCGCCAGAAAGGAGAGGGCCGAGAAGAUGACCGGGCUAGCAGCGACCACGACCGUGACUGCUGCCACUGCUGCUGCUGCUGCCGCCGCCACCACCAUUAUCACGACUGUGCCUACCAGCCCUGCCGCCGCCGCCGCCGCCGCCGCGGUUGCGAUUACCAGGGAGAAUGGAGAGGAGGAGAAGGAGCAUGCCGCCGCUCAGGGGGCCAGGAUGGCUUGAUAAUGUGGGUAUUGAAAAAAAAAAUGAAAGAAGAGGGGCGAAGAAGAUGAUGAUGAAGGACAGAGAAAAAGAAAAGGAGGAAAGUGAAGACGGAAGAAAGCCUUUGUUCCCAGCAUGGUUGGCGUUGGCUCUUAUUAUAAUGUCUUUUAUUUAUACAUGCAUAAAGUGAGUGAGUUGUGGUUUGGCGUCGGGAAGGAGUUUGAAUAUGCAUGUACUUUUCUGUUGGACAUUUUUUUUUUUUUUUUAGAUGCGGCAAGGGAAGCA